UCUCUCUCUCUCUCUCUCUCUCUCUCUCUCUCUCUCUCUGAAACUUUUACAAAUGGACGAGGCGAAGCUCAACCAACUCAAGCAUUUCGUCGAACAGUGCAAAUCCGAUCCCUCCGUCCUCGCCGAUCCUUCGCUCUCCUUCUUCCGCGACUACCUCGAGAGUCUCGGCGCUACGCUCCCUGCCUCUGCUCAGAAGCAAGGCGAUUCAAAAUCGAAGAGCUAUGUCGUGGAGGAGAGCGACGACGACAUGGCGGACACUGAAGCCGCUCAAGUUCAUGUCGAAGAAGAGGAGGAUGAGAUAAUCGAAUCUGAUGUUGAGCUCGAGGGUGACACCGUGGAGCCUGACGAUGAACCUCCUCAGAAGAUGGGAGACGCAUCGGUUGAGGUGACUGAUGAGAACCGUGAUGCUGCACAGGCAGCAAAAUCUAAAGCUAUGGAGGCCAUUUCAGAAGGUAACUUGGAGGAAGCAGUUGAACAUCUCACAGAGGCGAUUUUGCUCAAUCCUACAUCAGCAAUUAUGUACGGCACCAGAGCUAGUGUGUACAUCAAAAUGAAAAAACCUAGUGCUGCUAUCCGAGAUGCCAGUGCUGCUCUUGAGAUCAAUCCCGACUCUGCUAAAGGCUACAAGUCUCGUGGCAUAGCACGAGCAAUGCUUGGUCAUUGGGAAGAGGCUGCUAAGGAUCUUCACUUGGCAUCAAAGCUUGAUUAUGAUGAAGAAAUAGGUGCCGUACUUAAGAAGGUUGAACCAAAUGUGCACAGGAUUGAGGAACACCGUCGCAAAUAUGAUAGGCUUCGCAAAGAAAGAGAGGACAAAAGGAUUGAGCGUGAGAGACAACGUCGCCGUGCUGAAGCUCAGGCUGCAUAUGAGAAGGCUAAGAAGCAAGAGCAGUCAUCUUCUAGUAGAAGGUCUGGAGGCAUGCCUGGUGGCUUUCCAGCAGGCAUGGGUGGAGGCUUUCCAGGAGGAAUGCCUGGUAUGCCCGGUGGUUUUCCAGCAGGCAUGGGUGGAGGGUUUCCAGGAGGAAUGCCUGGAGGGUUUCCAGCCGGCAUGGGUGGCGGCUUUCCUGGUGGUGCAUCUGGAGGUGCAUCUGGAGGUGCACCUGGAGGUUUCCCCGGUAGCGCGCCAGGAGGGGUGCCUGGAAAUGUUGAUUUUAGCAAAAUAUUGAAUGACCCUGAACUGAUGAAUGCAUUUAGUGAUCCAGAAGUCAUGGAUGCUCUUCAGGAUGUAAUGAAGAACCCUGCUAAUCUAGCAAAGCAUCAAGCAAAUCCAAAGGUGGCUCCUAUUAUUGCAAAGAUGAUGAGCAAAUUUGCCGGACCGAAGUGAGAGUUUCCGAGUUGUAACGAUGUUUUAGGGAGAUGGAAGUUUUUAAUACUUUUGGGUUGGGGAUGCUAGUUGACAAAUGUAUGGUUGGUUUAUGAGCUGGUUUCACGUGGGAUAGCUUGACAAAAUUCUCUGCUUCUCUUACCUUUACUUUUACGACAAUGCUUAUGGACCAUGUUUAGCCGCGUGUCAUUGCCUAUCGGCAAUUUUAUCAUAUAUAUAUAUAUCGAUAAGGGUUUCAGGUUCU